GCUACUUCCUGCUACAACACCUGUCAAAAUUGUAAACACUGACAUGACAGCAGAAGUAACCGACAUUUCAAGGCUUUAAGAUGUUCAAAAACCUAAAAAAGAAACUUGAGCAAGGAGUCAACCAGUCUCCAUUAAAAGGAGCACUCGCUUCAGCUUCCCGGCUGCUUGAUGAUAAACCAGCAGAAAAUGCUGGUGCCCCGAUGGCAGAGAGCACACCAAAGAAGUCUGACCCAGCCUUAACCAAAGAAGAUGGCAAUCAGUCAUCAGCAUCUGAUGUUUCUGGUUAUGCCACAGCCAACCAGUCGCUCGAGACCAGUCCGGCAAAUAUUCCCGUUGGACAGUUGAUUGACAUUCCACUCCAUGACACCAGUAGUGAGUCCUUCAACUUGCCAGGAGACCUAACUCCGAGAGCAUCCCGUUCCCGCACCUCCUCCAUCAGUUCUGUGACAAGCGAUGCCUCAUUCUUUACGAAUGUCAGUUUUGGCCAGCACCAGUACUCCCUACCUUCAGACAUGGAGUCGGAGAUGGAUGAGUCUGGGACUGAUCUACAUACUGUCAGCAAAGAGGACCUCUAUCAAUACAUACAGAAAUACCAGCGCAGGGCAACCAGGUACAAGUCCAAGUUCAUGGAGUUGGUUACUGUCUACAAAGACAUCCUGCAGGAGAGAGACAAGUUUAAGAAAAACCUGACGCAAGCCCAGGAUCGAUCAUUUCGCCGUAUCUCUGAACUGAAGGAACAAAUCCAGCUGGACCAGAAAGCCAAGAGGGACCUUGAGGAAAACUAUAACCUGGUUAUUGAAGAAAAAGGAGAGUUCAUUGCUGUACUGCAGAAACAGGUCCAGUUAUUGAAAGAAGGGAAGGACAUCCCCCCAGAGCUGCAGGAGAAGAUCCAGGCAGGCAAAGCAAAGGAAGAGGAGCAGGCUAAACAGGCUGGAGAUCUAGAUGCUGAGCUCAACUCUCUCAGGGAGAAGGUGAAGCACCAGGAUGGCUUGCUGCAGCGGUGUAAGGAGAUUAUCAUGACAAACAAAGAAAAGCAGGCCCAACUUGUGGACGAGAAAGCCAAGGUAGAAGCUGACCUAGAACAGUCCAUGUUGGAGCUCAACAAAUUCAAGGCGGCUGGUUCCCAAGACACAAUCAGCAAACUUCAGGGUCAGAUAAAGCAAGCUCGGGAAGUGAUAGAACAGCUUGAGACAGACAGGCAGAUUGCCAUCGCUGAGGUGAAGCAGCAGGUCCAUGAGGAGAUGGAGAGAAAGGAUGAAGAGUUGACAGAGGUGCGUCAACAAGCUGUAACAUACAGGGAUGAAAAUGCCGACCUCAAACACAGACUCGAUAAACUUGAGAAAUCAGCAACCGAGCAACUGGAUAAGUCAAGAGAGAUAAUUAAGCGAUUGAAGGAAGAAAAACAGAAUGCUGUGUCUGAGCUUGAGGGCAAGUUACGGGAACAGGAGGAUUCCAUGGAGAAGGAAAAGGAAUCUCUGAUACAGGAAGUCUCUCGUGGGAAAUCAGCCGCUGUCUCCCUUAUGCAGGAGCAAACAGUCAAGGAAGUAGAAGGGAAAAUUACCCAGGCAGUGGAGGAGCGUGAUGAGCUGUGGCAGAACAAGAUGUCACAGCAGGAGUUGGCUCACUCAGAAACAGUCAGCACAAAGGAGAAGGAGAUACAGCAUUUACAAGCCAAGCUGGAGGAGGAGAUAAAGAAAUUAAAGUCAGAAAAGGAGCAUGCUAUAAGGUGUCUACAGGAGGAACAUAGGACUGCUACACAGGAGAAAUAUCAAGAGAUGCGACUGGCUAUGGAAGAGCGUGACCUGCAGAAAAUGGCCACUCUGAGUCAACAGGACUCGCUACGAGAUGAGCUACAAGCACAGAUGGAUAACCUUAGAAAGGAAAAGGAAGAACUGGAAACCCUUAUCAACCAGAUGCAAGCAGAAGCCGACAACCAACGAGGCGAGGUUGAUCGACUCCGGGCAGAACUGACGGGUGCGCACGAGCAGUAUGUGUCAGACAUUCUCACUCAGCAGGAGAGAAGUAUACAGGAGAAGGUGCAAGAGAUGACAGACAGGCACACUGGGCAGAUUGCCGAGCUCAUUCAGAAACAUGACUCCCAAAUGGAGGCCCUAAGAACUGACCUAGAACAGCGAUACCAUGGUGAUACAGAGACAUGUAAGGCUCAACUAGAUGCCCAGUUGGCAGAGAAGCAGCAACAUAUUGAUAAACUAUCCAUCACACUUAACCAGUUUAAGUCAGACCUAUCCAUGAAAGAGCAGGAGUUGGAACAGCGGUCUGUAGAGUUCCGAAACAAAAUGGAGGAAACCAGUGACAGCUACAAGGAGACAAUGGCCGAGUGUGAUAAACUACAUGCAGAAUUGGACAAGGUAAGAGCAGAGUAUGAGGAUCACAAGUCUGUCAUGGAGAAGGAGUUAUCUGCCCUUAGACAGAACAUCUCCAGUGCCCAGGAGAGUAGCGAUAGUAAUGCAGCAGAAAAGGCCCAGGUUGUGGGUGAAAUGGAGGCUUGCAAGGCUGACUUGGAGUCAACACAGGACAGACUGAACAAGCUGGAAGAGGCUAGAGCUGCAAUAGAGGUGGAGAAUGGGGAGUUAAAGUCCCAGUUGGAGAGAGUGAGGGCCGAGAUUACGGAAAAGUAUGACAGUGCUGACUCCAAGGUCAAGGACUUGCUAGAACAGGUAAACCAAUUGGAAGAACAGAAGAUGGAACUCGCCAAGGAAAAGCAGGCAGCAAUUGAAGAUGUCCAUGAGAAGGAGAGAACGAUUGAGAACCUUUCUAAAGACAACACAGAUAAAGACUCUGAGAUAGAGCAGCUUAAUACAAGGAUAGCUCAGCAGGGGGAGGUGGUUCAGAGCUUGAAUAAAGAACUUGAAGAAAGUAAAGCUAAUACUGAAUCAAUGGAAAAAGAUAUUCACAAACUAAAUGAAGAUAACCAAAAGCUUUUGUCUGAAAUUGGUGAUUGUAAAACUAACUUAGAGCAAGCAGAAAUUAAAAUAAAUGAACUAAGUGAAGUAAUUGAAAGGUUACAAAGUGAUUUUGAGAGCCAGAAACUACAUUUUGAAACUGUUGUCAAUGAAAAAGAUGGUAUAAUUAGUGAGAAAGAUAAAGAAAUGGAAACUUUCAAAGAGAACAACAAAGAAGAAAUGAGAGUUCUGGAAGAGAGUUUCAAGGAAAAGUUCCAAGAGAAACAAAACCAGUAUAAAGAAAGCUUUAAGAAAAUGAAAGAGAAAUUCCAGGAGAAGAUAAAAGAAAAGGAUCAUGCAUAUGAAAACAAACUGUCGGAUUUGGUUAAAGAGAAGGAGUCUGGCACAGAGGAUUUAAGUAAGAAGCUUGAGAAUCAUUAUCAGCAGCAAAUUGAAGAGUUAAAUGUUAGACAUAAAACAGAAAUGCAGAAUGUGACAGCAGACUUUGAUAAAAGUGUUGAACAAAUGCAAACUGAACAUCAAGAGCAGAUGAAUAGAUUAGAAAAUGAAUUAGCUAACUUUAAACAGGAGUUUGAGAAUGCAAAGAAACAGUUUGAGACAGAUAAGAAAGAACUUACUGAAAACUUUACUAAGAAAGAAAAUGAACUAAGAGCUUCAAUGGAAAGUGAGAAAAAUGAACUGAAUGUGGAGCUUGAGAAAAUGAAAGCAGAAAUGAAAGAAGUGCAGAACUUGUGUUCAUCUCUUGAGUCUGUUAAAGUAGAAAAGGAAAAUGUUUUGAAAGAGGUAGAAGUUAAAUCACAAGAGACUGUAAAUGAGGCAUUGCAGAAAUGUGAAAGUCUUAAUCAACAAAUGUUUGGACUAUCUGAAAAACAUGACCAUGAAAUUCAGGAAAAAGACAUGCAUAUUUCUGAACUCAGUAAAUUAAUAAAUGAUCUCAAAAACACCAACUCAUCUUUAGAAGAGAUGUUGAAAGAAAUGACAGCACAGUUUCAAACAAAGGAUGACAAAUUGAUGAACUUGACUGAAGAAUAUGAAGCUGGUAUGCAGACCUUGAAAUCUGAGUUCCAAAAUAAGUGCAAUACAUUUGAGAAUGAGAUUGAGGGCCUGAAAGCUAAAUGUGCUAAGCAAGAAGAAGAACUUCAAAAGGAAAAGGAACACAGCAAAACUAAUUUAGAAGAAAUGCAAAGGGAUUAUGAAAAGAAAUUAAGUGAAAUGUCACAAAGUGACGAAGAAAUUCAGAGUCAGUUGAAGGUGUUGAACGAAAAGGUCAGUGAAACGGAACAGAAGCUGCAAGAUUGUAUUGAAAGUUAUGAAGGGAAGUUGGAAGAGUAUAGAAACAAGUUAGACAGACAGGGUAGGUCUUUAAGUGAGGAAAAAGAAGUGCUUGCUUCUCAAUUGCUGGAUAUGACUCAACAAGCACAGCAAAAAACUGAAGAACUUCAAAAAACUCUUGAUGAAAAACUAGGAGAAAGUGAACAGAUAACACUUCACAAAGGUCAGCUGGAAGAAAUAAAUAACAAAUUGAAAGAGGAAGUAGAACAAUUGAAAGAGUCUUUGCAGAGUCAGAAUAGUCUUGUUGGUGAAUUGAAUGAAAAAAUAGCUGGACUCAGUCAGUGUAAAGAAGAAGUAGAACAUUCUUUGGCACAAAAAGAAACUAGUACUGCGGAAAUGAGCGAAAAAUGUGCAACGUUAGAAAAAUGUAUUGCAGAUAUGAAAGAUUCUCAAAAGAAUGAAUUGGAAAGUUUAGAAAAGUCUUGGCAAGAGAAAAUGAAGGAAAUGAAACAAAAGUUCUUGGCCAAGUUGAAAGAGAUUCAAGGUCAAGGACAAGAAAAGCUAAAAGACGCUGAGGAGAAUUUAAGAAAAGAAAGAGAAGGUAGCGUGGAAAAAAUGGCAUCACUGGAAGAAAAAUUGCAUGAUGAAAUACGAGAAAAGGGAAACAUAUCUUCUGAUCUGGCUCACGCAAACACUAAACUUAUCCAACUAGAGCAGAGCAAAGAAACAAUCCAAGAACUUGAGCAGAAUGUGCAAUCUUUACAAGCAUCGUUGUCUGAGAAAACUGAUACAAUAGAAAAGUUAGAGGAAGAAAAAGAAAUGAUUGUUAAAAGUUUGGAGGAAAGUAGAUUAGAUUUUGAGAAAAGAUUGGAAACUAUUUCUAGUGAUGUAAGUGCCAAGGAGGGUGUUAAUCAGAAAUUGGAGAAUAUUUUAAAAGAGAAGGACAAUGAAUAUCAAAACAUCUGUGAUAAGAAUAAACAAUUAGAGGAAAACCUGGCUGUGUUUGAAGAUGGUUUAAAAAAGAAAACAGAUGAAGUUGUGCAAUUAGAGAUGAAGCAUGAAGAGCAAGUUAGUGCAAUGAAAGAAAAAGAAAAGGCUCUAAAAGCUGAGAUUGAAGACAUUAAAAGUGAAUUGACAGGUGUAAGGGACGAUAAACAAAAAGUGCAAUAUGACUUAGAAAAUGAGGUCCAAAAACUAAAUGCUCAAAUCAAAGACUCAGUUGCGAAAAUUGAAUCUUUAGAACAUGAUAAACACUCAUUAGAGAAGGAAUUAAAAGAUGUCAAAGACAAAGCAAUUAAUGUUGAAAAGGAAUUGACACAAAAGGUUUCUGAGAGUGAAGUGUGCUUUAAACAAGAGGUAGAGAAAUUGCAGCAAAGUAGUCAACAUUCCUCAUCAGAAACAGAGAGAAAAAUCUCAAAUAUGCAAUCAGAGAUUGAAAAACUGAAUGCAAGUUUACUAGAAAAAGAACAAACUAUUGCAGCGUUUGACAGCCAAAUAAAGGAGAAAGAUAGCAAAUUAGAAGCUUUAGCUGGAGAAAUAAGAACAUUAAGUGAUAAAGAACAAGAAUUAAUAGAUGCACAUGAAAAGGAUAGGCAAGCUUUGGUGGAAAAGUUGGAAGCAGAAAGUGCUGAAAAGGUUGCGGAAUUCAAGAAAAAAGCAGAAACCUACAUUGCUCAAGUUAAAAAACAAAUCAAAGGUGAUAAAGACACUACAGUUAAACAACUUCAGAGUGAUAUUGAAGUUAAGGAAAAGAGGGCAUCAGAAUUAGAAGAAGAGAAUAAAACAUUGUCUGAGAAAAUCCAAUCAAUGAAUGAUAAACAUGAAAAAGAGACUAUGAGUCUCAGAGAGGAGCUUGAUGCACUUAAUGAAGAAAGAAAGAGCUUUACACAAGAACAAAUGCAGAACUCAGAAGCCACUCAAGGUAUAGUUGAUACUCUGAAAACUUCCUUGGAAACCAUGAAAUCUCAAAAGGAGGAAUUGAAUAGCAAACUUAAGCAAGCUAACGCUAAGAAUGAAGAAGUUGUAGCAGAGUUGGAAGUAUUAAAAGCUAAUUCAGAUAAAGAAAAACAAGAUUUGGAAAAGGAAUUCCAGCGAAUGAAGAUAGACAAAGAUGAAGAAAUAGACAAUUUGGAGAAGCAACUUACUGAGCGAUCGUCAGAAAUUGAAAAAACUAGGAAAGAAAUGGAGCAAGCACUGAAGGCACAGGAGAUAGAGCACAAUUCCAAGAUCAAGACUCUGGCUCGAGACUUUAACCAGCAGCUGGCAGAGAAGGAGAAGGAGUUUGAAGCUCAGUUUGCACAGGUUAUAGAGCAGAGUACGAGGGAAGAGACAGAGAAAGACCGCGAGAAGGACGACAUGUUGGCCGACGCCCAGAAAGACAUUUAUGAGCGAGAUGAGAAAAUUGAUGAACUUAAGAUGGAUUAUGAGUCCAGACUAAAGCAAAAGGAAUCUGACAUCCAGCAGAUGCAAGAAGACCAUAAGAAACUCCUGAAGGAAGUACAGCAGCGGCAUGAAAUAGAGAUGAUAGAGGUCAGAGACACCUUGAAAAUGGCUCAGGACAAAACUCUGACAGAAAAGGAAGUAAUGCACAAAGAGGAAGUUGAAAACCUGACGCACGAGUGGCACGUGGAAAGGAAGUCUGUGAACCAACUUGGUGCUACCCCACCCUCCAAAACCUCACAGGAGCUGCUUCAUUAUAACCAGAUGACGAUGGAUGCCGUGCAAUCAGGACUAGGUGCGGGAGACAUGGGCCACCAGCUGAUAUCGCUCACCAAGGUCAUUGAAGAUAUGAGAGAAAAACAUAGGUUGGAAAUCCUAGAGUUGAAGGGUCAGGCUGAGAUGUCAACACCCAAGCUCCCUGAGCCCCUAAUCUCCACCCCCGGGCACAACUAUGAUGAGAGCCCAGAACUUGCUGUUUACAACUUACAGGCCAAGGUACGACAGUUGGAGGGAGAGCUGGCCAGGACACGGCUUCGGGAGAGGGAACUAGUUAACAAGUACGAGAGCAGCCAUGGCAACAAUUAUGGACAUGGGCCCCCCAGUCCUGGGUAUUUCACUGAUGGUACCCCGUCUGGUCCCCUGCUUACUGAACCCACACAGCAUGAGUACCUGAGGAACAUACUAUAUGCCUAUAUGAUGGGAAAACAGACUAAGACUCUGGCUCGUGUAAUUGGAACAGUGGUGCAGUUCAGUGAAGAUCAGAUGAAACAACUCAUGUCCAAGGAGGAGAAAUCGGGCUGGCUUCUCAACUCCUAGCACAUGAAGUAGCGAUGUUUUUACAAGACAAAACAGGACCAACAGUAACAAGUGUCAAUGCCUGUGACGUUGGGCAUCCCCCUAUAUGCCAAAGCUGGAUGUGAUUUACCCCUGGACAUUCCACAUUGUACCAGUGCCUGUACAGUAGCGCGCAUGAAGAUAUCAUGUAAAAUGAAAGUGUGAACAUACAGAUGUAGAUAGGAGGGGUUUUACGGAAUCGUACAUGUUUGAUGAAACAUUUGCAGUUAUAUGCAGCUUUGCCAAAAUGAACUUUGAACUUAAAUAUUAAAUAUCACAUUGCCUUGUUUAUUACUGGAUGUUCAUCUGUGCUAACCAAGCAAGAUAAGUUUUAGCAUAUACUGGACACUUCAAACUUAUCUAUCCAUAGCUUGAUUCAUUGUACAAUUCUGAUUCUUAACCUAGACUUGCAUAAAAAUGUUUGUUUAAUUCAUGUAUCAUUUGCCAACAGAAAUCAAACCUACUGAAGUUCUUAACAGUUAGAGGCAUUGCUAGGCAUGCUCCAGUAAGCCUUGUAUACAAAUCAAUUUUGCUUCCCCCAGCAAUAUGGCAAGAGCUUGAAUCUAGAAAUCAGGAAGAAAUAUUGACUAAAAGGGAAUGCAACAAUUUACCUGUUUAAGUUUGUUGUUAUUUCAAAGAUUGCUUGAAAAUGGUACUCUCAUUACAAUAUUCUUAAGAAUAUUCCUAAAAGAAUGGACACCUCUCAUACUUUAACAACCCUCCCGCUCAUACCCCAUAUAACAUCACUCAACUAUAUGGUGUUCAAAUUUAAAAUGCUUAAGGUACGCCCACACCAUUAUAGGUUUGUGUUUGACUAUGAGAGUUUACCUUUACUUGUCAUGAAGUCAUCAGGCAGCAAAGGUUGUCUUCUUUGCAGGGUAGAUAUGAAGUGUUUUGAGUGUGAAAACAGACUGUUUGUUCACUAAACAUGCAUGGAUUAUGCAUCUGUAUCUCUAUUUCUUUCUCCUUGUCAAGUUCUUUUAAUACCACUACAUGUACAUUAGCCUAAAAUAUAUUUGCCAAUUUUCUGUUUUAAAAGUAUAUCUUACUUAUUUCAUUUUUUGUUAUGACUUUGUUUUUAAUGUGCAAUUAUAGCUGUGUAGGCAAGAAUGCUUUAUCAUCUGUGGAUGAAUAUAUUGGCAUUGUAUGCAUACAUUGUAUUAGGAAGAUAAUGAAUAUGUAUUAAGAUAUUUGAUGUGUAUGAAGAUAAUGAAUAUGUAUUAAGAUAUUGGAUGUGUAUGAAGAUAUUGGAUGUGUAUGAAGAUAUUGGAUGUGUAUGAAGAUAUUGGAUGUGUAUGAAGAUAUUGGAUGUGUAUGAAGGUAUUUGAUGUAUGUAUAUAUAAAAUGUGUAUGAAUAUGUUGGAUGUGUUUGUGUUAAAUGUGUAUGAAUAUAUUGGUUGUGGGAGAUAUUGGAUGUGUGUGAAUAAUGUGGAUGUGUUAGACAGUAUUUGAUGUGUGUGAAGAUAUUUGAGUGUAUGAGUAUACUGGAUGCAUGGUAACCCAUCACAGAGCUGAUCUGAGAAAGAGGUAUGCAUGUGUUCAUUAUCUUUUAUAAAAGUAAGAGAGACAAUGUGAUGCAAACUUCAGAUGAGCUGAUUGUUGAAAAGUCUUCUUCUCAUGACAUGUAUAAAAAUGAAAAUCUUAAUCAUUAAGAUGCUUAUUUAUUUUAAUUUAUUUCAUAAAUGCCAUCACCAUCAUGAAGAAACAUCAGUCUUAUAUUUUUUAUAUAUAAAUACUACAUUAGUGUUAUAACUUUUUAUUUAACUUCAUAAAUGAAUAGCUUUGCAUACAUGCAUACCAUAAAGUUCUAUGUAUUUAGUGCUGUAAAUCAGCAAACUAGUAUUUAUGAUGUAAAUAGAAUAUCAAAUCCAUGCUCAUUCAAUACAUAAAGUAGUAAAUCUUUUACUAAAUUGAAGGCUAAUCUUUAUCAAUUAUAGAAGCAGUCAUUAAAAUAAGACUUUUGGAUGAAUAAGCCUGAAUUACUAUUGCUUUGCGUCAAAGUUUUUAACAAGCCUUGCUAUAUAAAAUUCAGAACAAGCCUAGAAGACAUUUUACCUUGCAGGCUUGUGUUAAUCUCGACCACUGUAGUUGUGAUAAAUUAUUUGUUAUCACCACUGCUGUACUAUCCUUUAAUACUGUGAACUCAACCCUAUGGUGCUCUAUUACAUGUUUGUAUGCUUUCAUUUGCUUGGGUAUGAAUGAUUGCGACAAAUGUACACAUUUUUAAACAGAUAUUACCAAACUAGCAUAAACGUUCUCCAACCAAUUACAUACAUCCGGAUAAUUCUUUGGUUUGGUUAAAUUUAGUCAAAUGUUUUUUCCUUGGUCAAUAUUUAACCAAUAAUGAGUUUUGACCAAUUGAAUUGCUUGCAUGUUUAAACUAACCAAAAGAUAAUAUGUACAGAAGUUAAAUUCAAAAACUCAUUGCAGUCAGAAAACUGAUGUUAGGAAAGAAAUAAUUGAUGUACUAAGAGUAAAUGAAUCAAAAGUUUUAUGUGAAAUGUAAGGUAUUAUGAAAUCAGUAAUAUCUUUACCCUUGACUGAUAUAAGAUCUUUACUCCUGCACAUCUGUUGACUUGUUUCAGGAUAUGUGUUCACCUGCCAUGGGCUCAGUUGAAGCUAAAUACAGGUGUUUGAAACUAACGUUUUAGUUCCCUGUUUACAGUGUAUGCACUGCAAGGCAACAUGCCACAGCUACUGACUGGUUGCCUUACAUGCCACAGCUACUGAAUGGUUACCUUAACGUGCCACAGCUACUGACUGGUUACCUUAACGUGCCACAGCUACUGACUGGUUACCUUAACGUGCCACAGCUACUGACUGGUUACCUUAACGUGCCACAGCUACUGACUGGUUACCUUAACGUGCCACAGCUACUGACUGGUUACCUUAACGUGCCACAGCUACUGACUGGUUACCUUAACGUGCCAUAGCUACUGACUGGUUACCUUAACAUGCCACAGCUACUGACUGGUUACCUUAACAUGCCACAGCUACUGACUGGUUACCUUAACAUGCCACAGCUACUGACUGGUUACCUUAACAUGCCACAGCUACUGACUGGUUGCCUUAACUGAAUACCAGGUAGUUGUGUUUGUACUCAUAAGCUUUAACUUAAGUAUACGCAUAUCACAAUACACUGUUUAGAACUGUAUGGGAUUAAAAAACAGUUUAUAGUUUCAGCUGAAGAAAACUAUUUUUAAUGUAAAUGAAUUCUAUUUUAUCUUCAGAAGUAUUUGAUUAAGUGUGUUUUUAUUUCUUGCACCAUAUAUUGCACGUUAAAGCCAUAAAGGCUGGUCAUAUGUUGUUUAUUAUAUUUUUUUUAUUUUAUUGUUAUAUUCUACAUACAUCUUAUUUAUUUGCAUUUAUUUAUGGCUACAAAUGUUUUCUUUUAAUAGUACAAUAUGUACAUGCAGAUUUUCUACUUUGGGUGAAAGAUGGGUUCCUAGUUUUAAGCUUGGCUCGAGUUUCGUGUCAUACCAUUCUUUUUAUAAAGGAAAUAUAAAUAUAAGUCCAAUUGAAUAGAAUUGUAUAAAAUAUGAGUUAUCUGCUUUGAAUGUUUAUAACAUUGUGUUCAACGUGGUUAUAAGCAGCAUGUAUAUUGUGGGCGAACCUUUCUGUCUCGCCAUACAUGUUGUGUGAACCAUUUGUUUUAUGAUAACCAUUGAACCCUCUGGGACCAAUAAAAUUGGAAGCAUUA